CAAUGGGAGCUCUCCCCCACCAUUCUUAAUGUCAAUCGUCAAACAUAUAAAGGUUGUGGCAAACUGAGGUUAAGUUACAUCUGAAGGUGAAGUGACAUUGGACUGAGGCAGCUUCCAUCCCAAGGCAACUACAGACAUACAAUUCAGAGAAACUUUUUGCAAAAAAGAUUCAAGAUGCUCCUGAUCAUCCUGAUUCAACUCCUGAUCAUCGCAUCAGCAAAUGCCCAGACAACCACCACUGUAGCAGCUACAACUGCAGCACCCACCACUGUAGCACCUACAACUGCAGCACCCACCACUGUAGCACCUACAACUGCAGCACCCACCACUGUAGCACCUACAACUGCAGCACCCACCACUGUAGCAGCUACAACUGCAGCACCCACCACUGUAGCACCUACAACUGCAGCACCCACCACUGUAGCAGCUACAACUGCAGCACCCACCACGCCGGCUACUGUUGCAUCAACCACCACUAACACUGCUGCACAUGCUGGGAUCGUAUCCGUGAGCAGUCUGGUGUUCUGUCACUUCAGUGUUGUUCUCUUCAUGUCCCUCUGUACAGUGUGACUUGGUUGUACAGGUUUUCUUUGAACACAUUUAGCAGUACUUACAAAGUAUUUUUAGUUAUAUUUAGAUACACACUGGUGUUGAUAAGAUUAACAAUCCAUAUGAUACCCAGUGUUAAAAAUUAGUUUGUGCUUAUUUAUUGUAACUCUCAGAGUAAAGUUACUGAUAACUUAUAAAUUCAUGACUGAUGAAUGACUGUUGAAAUGAUGUUAACCAAGCUGAACUGGUGUCAGUGUUUUUUAUUGUUGGAGCAGUGCUUCAUUAAACUUUUCAACUGUUGUUGUCGAUAGAACUGUUUUCUUUAAAGUGUAUUAUAAUUCAUGUGAAGUCACAAAUCUAUGUUGAAGCCAGAAUGUGGACGGAUUAUUUAUUUGGGUCAUUGAUUUGUUAUUUCACAGCAGAUAAAUAAAAUGACACAGCAACAAACA